ACAAGGACGUUUUAUUCCCGAACUAUUUCUCUGAGAGCCGGACUAUUGCUUACCUUACAUCUAGUGGGUCUAGUUUUAUUGACCGUUGGGUACAUCACUCCGGUAUGGAUUAUCGUAGACCAGCCAUACUGGUUGGGAAAUUGUUACAGUAUGGGGCCAAUUACAUAUAUUUGCGACUGGGAUGCUUGGAAUUCUCUUCGCUACAACUACCAUUAUGGUCCUGUCCUUAACCUUGCCUUCAUUCUGACAACUUCCGGAAUAGUUACGCUCUACGUCCUAUCAGGUCUUAUUUUGGCGGCCAUAUUGGUUCCGCUUCACCGGAGCGAGGUCUUCAUGUCUUUCCUCUCAAUCGCCGUUAGCAUUCUUUAUCCCGCCGCUGCGGGGCUGGUGCUGGCGGCGUCCAUCUAUGUGGAGGCAAGCUUUCCAGGCUGGACCGGAUACUCCGUCAUUAUGUGUACAGUCGCCAGUGGCAUCCUGCUCCUAGCGUAUGUUUUGCUGUUCGUCAAUGAGUAUUUAUACACCACUGACAGGGAACAACAGUUGAAAUACAAGACUAUCUCAGGAAAAGUCAUUUCGGACAUGAAUAAAAAUCAUUUACCUGAUAGAAACAACCACAUCUGGCAUUAUACGGGAGAACCUGACAAGCAUACGCCAACAGAAGACUUUGGAUACCAAACCUUGGUAAAUAAACCAAAUACGAAGGACCAAUAGCUGUCAACAAUGAUUUUAUUCCAAAAGUUGAAAAAAUGAGUGCAAAACAAUUCGAAUGCCCGGUGACUUAUGAUUCGCUCUUGAUUGACAUUGAUGUUGUGGCGUCAGUUUUAUCCCUUUUAUACUUUGUGUCAUUUUUGUUGAUGUUAAUGGUUGGUUGUUUAUAUAAGUAUGUCAUCUGCCUUUGGCUGCACUGCUUGACCCCGCCGUGUGUCCCAUCACGACAGACAGUGUAUUUAACUGCCUAUAGGGACAUGCGUUCGAAAAAUCCAGUAACAUUGUGAUUUCCCUAAAAAAACAGUUAAACCAUUUAGCUGUCAGGCGCGUAGCUGACUUUAUGCCAAUACGCAGUUGCGUUAUGAAAUUAUGACCGGUUGAAUUUUUUGUCAUACCAAAUCCCCCGAAUUUGAAAUAAUAACCUGAGGGUGGAAGGGGUUGAAGGGGUUAAUAUGCUUUCCGUCAAUUCAGAAUUGGCAUUAGCUACGCGCCUGGUUGUUAUCGUUUAAAUGGUAUGUAAACUUUAAACAUGGCAAUGAAAUCCGUAAUGGUUGAACAGAUAAUCACACCGAAGUUCGUGUAAACAUACAACUAUGCACAUUGAUGAUUAUACCAGCUGAAGA